AUGAAAAUUUCUUCAUGUUAUUUGUUAACAAUAAUAGUUGUUUAGUAUUCAGUUUCCUGGACCAUAAUCAGUUUACCAUCAAUGAAUCCAAUUGCUAUUGAAUCAAUAAAAAAUGAUAGAUAUUCCAGAGCUAAUUGUGCUGGGUUUGGAGUUUGGAGUAAAUAUGUGCCACUAAGUAAUAUUAUAUAAAUCGGAGAGAUUGGAAUAUUUGAUAGUAGUUGCUUUCAUUUGUUUAGAAUUUAGGAUUCUAUAAAUAAUGAAUUGCAUUUUCUAUAAUAUGAUUGUGUCAAUUUUGAGUAAAAAACAAUAUAGAAAUAUUUUUAAUUUAUAGGUAGAGAUGGUAGUUAUUUAAAAGAGGAAAUGCAAAUUAAUUAAGCACAAUAUGAGUCUGUAUGGUAUUUUUAAGGAUUUAUUACCAUUCCUUCAUAAAAACAAAUCAUAAUAUAUAUAUGUUAGGAAAGGACUUAGAUAUAUUCAAAAUCUAUCUAAAUUGAAUUUCCUUAUGAAUAAAUAAAUUCUAAUUUAAUAAUAGGAGGGGAUUUUAAAGUAAAUCAGAAUUCACAAUUUUAUUAACUUGAAAAUAGUAUACUUUCAUACUUUCCAGGAAAAAUAAAAUAUCUUCUUGAUGUUUACUUGAAUGAUCCUGACUAGUUCAAAAAUAUAAUUUUAUAAAACGAUGAAAAGUUCUGUUAGUGUGUAUAAUAUGCAAAUACUGAUAUAGGAGAUGUUAUAAUAUAAAAAUAUGAUUAAUUUGAAUUCAUACCUUAACAAAUUAAUUGCUAAUAUUUUUCAUUAUCAGGCUGGAUAAAAAUUAAAGAAAUCAAUUCAUACUAAGAUGAAUAUUAUUUUUAAUUGUUUAAAUUAUCAGGUAAUUUUAAUAAUCCAAAAAUGACUUAAGAAAACUUAUGUGCAUUUCAGUUAUUUUACAAGAUCUCAUCUUUAGGAAAUUAAAUCAUUGUCACAUCAUAUAGUUAUACAUUCCCAAGUAUAAAUAUAGAUUUUUCAAACAAUCCCUUUAUAAAAAAAGAAACAUUGGACAUAGCUUGUGAUAUCUAAUUGUGGCAUUAUAUUUUAGUAGAAAAAACAGAUACUUCGAUCUCAAUUUCAAUAACAUUUUACUAAGGUUUUGAUCAAAUAAAAUUUAAUAUAAAUUUAGAAGUAAAUCAAUUUAAUAUGGUUUAAUUUAAAUUACUUUAUGGAAAUAUUUUCUAAUCUUAGAUAAACUAAUUAAUUAUCAAAAUUAUAGGUUUAAAGUUAUAGAUUUGUCCAAAUAGAGAUUAACAAAAUAUAAAUUGUCAUCCCACUUGUAAGGAAUGUGAUGGUCCAACAAAAGAAGAUUGUCUAUCAUGUUUUGAAACAAAAAAUAGAAUAUAUUUACCAGAUUUUAAAGAAUGUAUCUGUGAGUAUGGUACAAUCGAUUAGAAUGGCGAUUGCAUUUAUUAUUAAUCUUUAUAAUUUAAUUUAAUUUAAGAAAAGUCAUAUAUUGAACAAUGUUUAUAUGGUUAUUUUCAAAUAAAUGAUGAUUGUUAUUAAUGGUACUAUUUUAUUAUAUUCAAGUCCAUCAAUAAUCAGCAAUAAACUUAUAACAUGUUUAGAAUGUAUAUAAAAUCCGAAAUAAUGGGGUCAAACUCUUUUUUGUGAAACAAUAUUAUUGACUGAUAAAAAUGGAAACACUUCAAACUAUUUGAAGCAUGAUAAAUUGUAAUAUAAUUUGGUAGGAAAUGAUGUAUAAUUAUGUGUUGAUUGCAAUUCAAUAAAUCCAUCAGAUGAUUAAAUUGAAUCGAGAUUUUAAUUUAGAUAAUUGUGUCAAUCAAUACAGAAAGAUUGUUAUCCAUGUCCAGAAUUCUGUCUAAAAUGUGAACUUUUAGCUACAAUUUUAAGUUGUUCAAAUUCAUAAAUUAUACAUUUUCCACUUUAGACUUAAUAAAUUUGUGAGCCUCCUAAUUUUGUAGAUUUUUAUUAAAAAUGUGUUGCUUGUAAUAUUUAGCAUUGUUUAUAUUGUUUUAAUUAUUUAGCAAAUAAUCCUUAAUAAACUACUUUGGGAUUUUAUGAAGAAUAAACUCUAAUUGAUGAAGAUAUUAAAGAAGGUUGUGCUUAAUGUAAAGAAGGAUUCAUUUUUGAUUUCAAAAUUGGACAAUGUAUUUAUUAGAGACCAUCAUAAUAAAAUUGUUUGAGAUCCUAUAUUAAUUUUAAUGAUAAAGAAAUUUGCACAUUAUCUGCAAUUAAUGAUUUUAGUUUUGCUUUUGAGAUCAUUAAUUGUCAAAUACACAUUUUAAAUUGUUUACAAUGCAUCUAAACUAUAUAACAAACUGUAAAAUGUUUAAUUUGUGAAGAUGGUUAUUUAGCUUCAUCUAAUUCAGGAAUUUGUAGAAAAUGCCCUAUUGAAUUUGCAAAAUAAUGUUUUGAAGAAUAUAAGUUAGAACCUUGGAAAUGGUUAAUUCAAGGUUUUAUCAUCAAAUACUUACCUAAUAGACCUAUUUUUACUGGAUAAUUAAAUAGACCAAGGUUCUUAGCAAUUUAAUGCAUACAAGGAUAUGAAAAAAUUAACUAUACCUGCUAAAAAUAUUGUGAUGAAAUGUGUUCUGUAUGUGAACCUAGUAACAAUGAAAGAAAGUUUUCUUGUUCUAAGUGUAAAUUAAAUUAUUUCAAAGAGCCUUUAAGAGUACAACUAGAUGGAUAAUGUAUUAAUUGCCCUUCUUUAUGUCAAGUUUGCUAAGAAAGAUCAAAGGAAGAAAUAAAUGUAAAUAUUCUAUUUAUAAUAGACAAUAAAUCCAUAUUUUAUAAUAACGCCUGAAAAUAUGUUUUAUACUUUUAAAUGCAUUUAGAAAAUCCCUUUAUAAAAAGUUCAGAUUGACCCAAACUUAAAAAUUGCAUAAUUUUGUUAUUAAAAUAGUUGUGUUUAUAAUUUAGAAUUUAAUUAUGUAUUUUUUACAUUUAAUUUAGGGUAAUAUUGAUUGCAAUUAUUUGACUGAUAUUCAAUAUUAAUUAAGUAAAUAAUAUAAUUAUGAAUAUUUCAAUUAAAUAGGGCUUUAAUAAUUGACAUUAAUACUUUAAAUACCAGAAAAAAUUUGUGAAAUUUACAAAUCGGAAUUCUAUAUUGAAAAUUCUUAAAAAGAAAACAUAUUUUCAAUUCAAUUAGUAAGAUUAUAAAUUCAGGGCAAAUCAAAUCUUAUUUAGAUAAAAACAAAUCAAUUUAAAUUGUUCUUUUAAAAAUAUGAUUCAAUCAUAUUAACUUAACUAAUGUUUAGUAUAAAAAGUGAAUUGAUUUUAUUAUUUGAAAAUAGAGGUUUAUCAGUUGAUUUAGAGAUAAUUGAUACACAAUUUUAUUCAAUGACGAAUUUACCAAUAUCUAUGUCUAUUCAAGGAGAGAGUUUCCUUAACAUAAAUUUAUAAAAUAUUUCAAUUUUUUCUGUUAGCAUUGAAAAUUAAGUGAUAUUUAAUCUUAUUUAUACAGAUUAGAAGAAUUAAAUAGUAAUUAAGAAUUUUCAACUUUAGCAUUGUAUUUUCAAAAAUUCUACUCUAUUUUUAUUCUAAAAUGCAAAAAGAAGCAUAUAUAUUGAAAAUUUUACUAUUGAUUCUUGUGAAUUUUAUAAUUCUUCAAUUAUACAUUUCAAUCAAAUUCAGAAUAAGUUAUCUAGCAUUAUUUUAAAUGGAAUUGUGAUCAAAAAUUCUCUUUUUAAUAAUUCAAAUCUUAUUUAAAGCAUUGAUAAAACUAUUCUUACUAUUAGCAAGUUUUAAAUUACAUAAAAUUAGAUUAUCAAUUCCAAAGUUAUCAUUUUUAAUUACGACUUUUAUUGUAAUGAUGUAUUCAUGAAGGAAAACAAAUUCAUAUCAAUUUAAUUUAUUUCAUAGAUCUCAUCAGCACUUUUCAAUUCAGUAAUUUAGAUGAAUAACAUAAAGAUUCUAGAAAAUUAUUUAUAAAAUUUUUCUUUAUUUAUUACAGAAUAAAAAUAGUCAACAUCUUAAGUCAGAUAUUUGUUAAAUGACCUUUAUUUUGAGAAUAAUUUUAUUUCUUGUUAUUAAGAGUAGUUUCUUAUAACAAUUAACAGCUUUAGCUCAACUAUUAAAAAUAUCUUUCUAAGAAACACUACAAAUUAUCGUUUCAUAUCUUUAUAAGCUAUUCCAUUUAUAAAAAUUGAAAACAUCAUAUAUGAGAAUUUACUUUAGGAAUAAAAAGUCUAAAUAUCGUCUGAUUGUUUCAAAAAUUGUUUUACUCGAUCAUAAUUACUAUAAGUUUUUGGAUUCACAAACAUCACUCUAAAUAAAAUUACAAUUACAAAUUAGUUUAGCAUUGAUUAGUCUAUAAUUUCUAUACAAUCUAAUCCUCUAAUGAUAUUGAAUUCAAAGGAAUAUAUAUCAAUUAUAGAUAUGAAAAUGAAGGGAAAUGUAUUAUUAAAAUAACUUUAAGGAAUAAGUUUUUCACUUUUUGAAUUAUAAUCUGAUAAGCCUUAAUUAAUAAAUAUUGAUAAUCUAAAAUACGAAUAGAAUGUUUUUCAUUAAUAUCAUAAAGAUCCAUCUAAAACUUCAGCCAGUCUUUUGUAUGUCAAUUCACCUUUGAGUCUCAUGAUAUUCAAUAAUAUCCAUUCUUAUAAUAAUUCUAUGACAAAUUCUUCAUAAUCAUAUUUUUCUCUAAUUUUAUUGGAAAUCUAAAUAGAUAAUUUUUAAGUUUACAAUCAUAAUUUUAAUAAUAAGGCAUUUUGGAUAGAAUAUUAUGAAAUUCAUUUAAAGGAGGAGUAUAAUUAAAAUGAAAUUUCUUAUGUAAUUUCAUAGUCAUUCAAAAUUGAUACUAUUGGAGGAGCUUUAUCAUUAACAGUUACUAAACUCACUCUUUUUAAUGGAGUAUUUAAUUAUAUCAUAGCUUAAAGCAGCUAAGUAUUUAAUAUCAAUACUUAAGGAGAUGGAAUAGUAAUUAUAAAAAACUGUAGUAUAGCUCAUGCGUAUACUUCCUUAAUUUCUAAAGUUCAAAAUGAUGGUGCAUUUACAAUUAAUGGCAAAAAUAGUUUAUUAUCAAUUAAUCUUUAAAAUAUUACUUUAAUUAAUGUUUAAAACAAGCUAUCAUCAUCCAUUUUUUCCAUAUAUCCUUCAUCUACAGAAAAUAAUAUCCAAUUUAGAAAUAUAAUUGUUUAAGAUUGUUUCUCCCUUGUUAAUUAAAUAAUAAAUUUUGAAGCUGAUUUUUAGAAUGCCCAAUAAAAUAAAGUGAGAAUAGACAAUUUAAGAAUAAUUUAGAAUGAAUAUGCCUUGCUCAAUUUUCUUUAAUCUCUUGGAUAAAUCAGUCUAAUUGAAAUGCAUAAAAUUAUUAGUGAUAAUGCAAUCCUGAACUUUUAAGGAUGUGAAUUAUUUUUAAAUGGAAUUCAAAUAGAAGGAAUAGUUUUAUUUUCUAUCAUAAAAGUUUUAGAUUCCAAAUUGUUUGCAUUAAUUGAUUGUAAAUUUAUAAAUGUUUUAACAUUUUAUCCUUUACAUUUAGUGGAUAUAUAACAGGACAAUAUUUAAUAGUCAAGAAUAUAUUUUAAUAAUAUUACAAUUUAAAAUUUAAAUGAUUUUGCUUAUACCAAACAGAGCUUACAUUAAUUUGAUUAUAACUAUAUUGAAUUAGAAUUUAUUUAAUGUAGCUUAAUAAGUAAUAAUGUAGUAUAAAUGAUUCAUAAAGUAGAGUUAUUACAAACCUUUUUUGAUACUAUUGUUACUCAUUCAAAUUAAAAUGGAUCUUUAAUCAAAUUGAGAACUGUUACAAAUCAAACAAGAGUAAUAUUCUAAAAGAUUCUAUUAUUAAAUAACAAUUGUCAAAAUUGUUGGAAUGGUUUAGUUUUUUUUGAGUUUACUGAUUUUCAGUAAGUUUCAAUAUCAGAAUUAUUUUGUUUAAAUAAUUAAAUUAAAGAUUAUGGUUGUAUAUGGGCUAAAUCAGGGAGAAGAAUUGACAAUAUAUUAAUAAUUGAUUAGUCAACUUUCAUUGCUAACAAAGGAAGAUUAGGAUCAGGAAUUUUAGUCUAAAAUUUACGAGUAAGAAUAUCAAAUUCCAAAAUUAUAAAUAAUACAGCUUCUUUUAGAGGAGGUGGUUUCUAUUUUGAAGAAGGUACUUAAAGAUUUGAAAUUUAAUCUACAUUAAUUAUAAAUAAUUAAGCCGAGGAAGCAGGUGGUAUUUAUUUAGGUGGAAAUAGCAGCUUAAAUACUAACAAUUUUAUAAAGUCUCUGCUCUUACUUAAUUUUGCUAAUUUAGCUUCAAAUAAUAUUAAUGAAUUACCUAAACAUUUAUCUUUAUCAAUUAAUUAGGUAGAAAUGUUUUAGCAAGAAAUAAUAAAUGAAAACCGAUCAUAUUAAGUUUUACUAAUAAAACCAUUUAAUAUUAUAUAUUAAGAUCAUUCAAUAUAAACUAAUUAUUUAUUUAUUCCAAGUGGAUAAUAAAUAUUAAAUUUUGAACUUUAUCAUCCUCACCAUUUGAAAUUUUCUUCUUAUAUUACUGAAUUCACUAUAAAACUUAAGAAUAGUAGGAAUGAAUAAUAAAUAAAUUUUUUAAAUUCUAGUUGUGAUGUAAAAUAACAAAUUUUUGAUAUUCAAUCAUAAAAUGUAAUUGAAUUGAUCACAAUAUCAACAAUAAGUUUUAAUUAAUAAAUUAAAAGCUUUAAUAUAGGUUCACUAUAAUUUCAUCUGGAUCCAUACAACUAGGAAGAUAAAAUAUAUGAAAUUUUAAUAUAUUGUAAAACAGAAUAUUAAUAGGAAAGUUUGGCCUAUCGAAUGAAGGUUAAAAGUUUCUUAUGCCAAUUAGGUGAAUUUUAUAUUUCCCAUGGAUGCUAAAAAUGUUAAUCAGAAUAAGGAUUUUAUUCAGUGACUUAUAAUGCCACAAAAUGUUCACUUUUUGAUAAAAAUAGAUUUGAAGCCAUAACAUCCAAUAAAAUUAACUUAAAGUCUGGAUUUUGGAGACCGAGUUAAAUUACUGAAAACGUAGAGUUAUGCUAUAAAAAUCCAAGUCAUUGUUUAGGAGGAUGGGUUGUAGGUGAUGAACUUUGUUUUGUUGGUCAUAUAGGAGGAUUGUGUGAAGAAUGUGAUAAAUAUAAUUUAAGAGGGAAUGGAUAAUUCUUUAAAAAUUAGUAAUAAUUGGAUUGUUAAAAGUGUGAUUAGCUUUCUAAAAGAUUGAUAGCCUUUUUCUUAAUAUCAAUUUGGUAUUUAUAAUUAAUAUUUUGUUAGGGCUAUUCUUACUACACUAUUAACUAUUCGAAGUAUUGAAAAAACAAAUUAACUCUAUGCAUAACUAAAGCUUAGAUAAAACUAAAAGUUUGCUGAAAUUUUAUUUAAACUCCAAUAAGGUAUAAUUAAAUAUUCAUAUUAGAUCAUGAAAGUAUUUUAAUAAAAUUAUUUCUUAAUUAUUUAUGGAUUUUUUCAGUUAUCUUUACAUUCAAUAUCAGUUUCUCACUAUCUUUAGACUUUGUAAAACCAUCAAAUGAUACCUCAUAUUUUAUGGCUAAUUUUUUUGAAUGUUUAUUAGCUGAAAUAUAAGGGAUUGAAUUAAUUUACAGCAGAAUCUUAGUAAUGUUUGGAAUUAUGGUCUGUUAGAUUUUGAUUAUUUUUUGUGGAUUCUAAUUAUUAUCAGUUCUAAAAUACUAUAAAUUUUAGAGUAGAAUCAUUUCAAUUACUGUUUCCUAUUUAUAUAUCUAAAAUUACGCAUCCUUAAUGAAUCAGUAAAAAUUAAUAUUAUAAUAGAUUUUUUUCAAUUCUGGCAGUUAGAAGAAUAUCAGAUUUAGAUUAUAUAUAAGGAGAUAUAUCCUUGAUUUAUGGUUCUUAGAAUCAUAUCUCUUGGAUUUACGGAUUUGUAAUUCCUGGAUCCCUUUUAAUAGGAUUAAUUCUACCUUUAUCAUUAUUUUUACUUCUGUACAUAAAUAGAGCUUAGCAUAAAAAAAUUAAUUUUAGAAGACAUAUAGGAUAUUUAUUUAAUGAAUAUAAUCAAAAAAACUAUUUUUGGGAAAUUAUCAAAUUAUGGAAGAAAACAAUAAUCAUAAUUAUUUUAAUUUAUUUUGAAACUGAUAUAUUUUUGAAAGCAGUAUUAUUAGAUCUUUGUAUAUUGAUUUAUUCAAUAAUUGCUCAAAAGUAUAAACCAUACAUUCUUCAUAAGUUUAACUUAUUAGACAUCUAAAGUGGAUAGUUUUGCUAGAUUGCUAUAUUAUUAGCAAUUUUAAAGCAUAUUUGUGAAUAAUAAGAUUAAUAAAAUAUUUCAUUUAUCAUACAAUCUUUUAUCUUUAUAGAUAGCUUUAUCUUGGGUUACCCAUUCAUAAGUGAUAUUCUCAAAGUUUAUUAUAAAAAAUAUAAGUUACAAAUAAUUUAAUUGUUAUUAAAAGGAUUUCAAGCUUUGAAACCUAAUUUUGUUGUUACUAAAUUACUUAAAUAAAAAUUAAAUUUUUUGAGAUAAAAAGAAAAAAAAAUUUAAAGUAAUAUAGAAAAAUUGAAAUCAAUUCUAUUUUAGAGCAAUUCUAAAAUCCAUUUGUAAUUUUAUGAAUUAUUUUUAGACCAAAAAGUUCUUUAUCAUUAAUGAAUACAAACAGAGAAUAACGAAUUUCGCUUAAAACUUUAGAGGUCUAGUAAGAAAAAUUAAUUUGA